AAUUGCUACUACCGUAGUGUAGGGCACUGUAGAGAAUCCAUGGUAAAAGAAAUCUUACUCUCAACUGUCCUAUGCUGAUAGCUCCCCCCAACCAAUGGCUACGCCGUCGCCAUGGCAGCAGCUGCCGUUCAGCUCUGCCGCAGCAACUUCUCUUCAAUCUUCCACGAUUUUCCCAAUCUAUUGCAAUAACCGCCACCUUGCUAUCCCUUGGUCUCCGAAUUUCGAAUCAUCCUCUCCAUGCUGCUCUUCUGUCAAUAACGGUUCCAAUAAUGGGAGAAAGAGAUUGAGAGGGAAAUCAGUAGAAGUGGUAGUCGUUGACGCUGAUCCGGAAAAUGUUAAGUCGUUCGAUUCUCCAUUGAACAUGAGCGGAUUUGAUGGUAGAAAGUUGAGUUUCAAACCGGUGUUUGGAAAGCGAGCAUUGUGGCGGAGGAUAUUCUUCGCAUCGAAGAAAGUGAGGAGCAUCAUUUUGCUCAAUUGCAUCACCAUUAUUUACGCUAGUAACAUUCCAGUUGUCAAGGAAGUUGAAGCUAUUAUCGACCCCGAGGCUUUCACAGUUGUGCGGUUUGUUGUGGCUGCCAUUCCGUUCAUUCCGUUCGUGUUCCAAGCUAGGAAUGAUUCUCAUACUCGUAAAGCAGGAUUGGAGUUGGGAUUUUGGGUCAGCUUAGGUUACAUCUUGCAAGCCCUUGGACUUCUCACAUCUGAUGCUGGACGAGCAUCAUUUCUUGCCAUGUUCACUGUAAUUGUUGUGCCUUUGAUUGAUGGCAUUCUAGGAUCUAAGAUACCUAUAUAUACAUGGUUUGGAGCUCUGGCAUCGAUCAUUGGAGUUGCAAUGCUGGAAUCCAGUGGGUCACCUCCAUGCAUUGGAGACUUGCUGAACUUUUUAAGUGCAGUGUCUUUUGGGGUUCAUAUGCUAAGAACUGAACAUAUUUCAAGAAGCACAGAACGAGAAAAUCUUUUACCACUCCUUGGAUAUGAGAUAUGCGUUGUUGCCUUUCUAUCAACCCUUUGGUACUUCACUGAAGGAUGGUUUGCUGGAGAUAUCAAUGCAUCAAAUCCAUUUUCUUGGACGCCAGCAAUAGUUUUAGACUGGAUUUCGUCGUUUCCUUGGAUACCUGCAUUGUAUACUGGGAUUUUUUCAACAAGCUUGUGCUUAUGGGUGGAGAUGACAGCGAUGCGUGAUGUUUCGGCUACAGAAACUGCGAUCAUAUAUGGGCUGGAACCUGUAUGGGGCGCUGGAUUUGCUUGGUUCUUACUUGGUGAGAGAUGGGGAGUGAGUGGAUGGAUUGGAGCUGCUCUGGUUCUUGGUGGGAGUCUAACAGUGCAGAUAAUGGGAGCAAUGCCACACUCCUCGUUGCAAGAACGUAGUGAUGAGAAUGGAUUUAUUUCAGAUAACAAGAGCAAUUUCUCUAAGUCUUCAGUUGUUGUGAGGGGUGAAAAUUAUCCAUCUGAUUUGGUAAACAAGUGAGUAUGCAUGAAUUUAUGGCUGCCGUCACACUUGCAAUAUGAAAUAAAUCAAUAAUGUCCCCUACUCAUUGUAAUUUUUCUUUUGGUUUUCAGUUUCAAUUUUACCUUUCAUGUUUCACUUUAUGAGUAUUUUAUUUAUAUGAUAAAUAAAACCUUGAUCCGAUCUCAUUAAUUAA